AUGCUAGAGGCCCAUAUUCAUGAGCAGCAUUCCCUUCACUUCAUUCACUCGGCGACCGUCGCGCUGCUCAACGGUCGCUCGCGCGCAGCGCGACGGUCGCCGAGUCGCGUGUCGCGGAAUGCUGCUCAUGAAUAUGGGCCUCUAGCAUGGCUUGAAACUAGUCGAGUAUCUCGUCAAAUUAUUACUGCAAAUCUGAUCCUCUCAAGAGUGUCUGAAGAGGAGCUCGCAGCAACAGAAUUAUACCAUUGCCAUGCAGAAUCCCACCUGCAGUUCGCUCUUGCAUUGUGCUCGGUUUUCAUAAUAUUUGGCGUCCCUGGCAACCUCACUACCAUUUUAGCACUGGCUUGGGAUAAAAAAGUAAAGAACGUGACAGCGAUAUUCAUAAUAAAUCUUCACAUAAGCAACUUGAUGAUCUGCAUUAUAAUCUUGCCGCUGACAGCGGCGGCUUUGGCGCAGAACCAUUGGACAUAUGGAAAAGCAAUGUGCGUCCUAUAUGCGCACCUUCGAUUCAUGUUGGCCACCAGUUCUAUCUUAAGUAUCCUAGCCAUCACUAUCACUAGAUUCAUAUUAGUGUGCUUCCCAUUCUCGUAUUCCAAGAUGAAGCUAAAGGGAGUGUCAGACUCUUACUGGCUAUUAACCACUUUGUACGCUCCGCUGCUCCAGCUUGGAGCCUAG